AUGUACGCGACGAACUCCUCGCUCUGUCUUACAGAUGCGUGUAUCAAGGCAUCAUCUACCUUGUACUCUAAUCUGAGUCCCAACUACCAGAAUAUCGACCCAUGUACUAAUUUCGAAGAAAUGGUCUGCGGUGGUUUCAGAGAACGUUACGCACUAUCAGAAACAACAAGUUCGGUUAGCGAACAAACUUUGUUCACUCUUGCGAAUUAUGUAUUCAUGAAGAAUAUUCUCGAGGCUCCGUACGAUACUUCUCUGGGUACAAACCCUUCGGUAGAUGAGAUGAAUUUCGAGAAGCUGGUGAAGGGGUAUAACACGUGCUUGAACGAAACCGCGAUCACGGAGCUCGGUGUUCAGCCGUUGGUGACGUUUCUUGGGAACAUCACCGAGAUCUUCCCCGUCACAACCGCAGAAUAUAAAAGUAACAAGGCUUUUGGACCAAGCGAUUAUGAAUCGUUCAGCGAUGCCAUCACUCACUUAUUCCAGUAUGGAAUGGAACCCUUCUUUGGAAUGACCGCUACCAUCGAUCCAUUUAAUCCCGAUACUUAUAUCCCGGUUAUAGCACCUACAGGUCCUGUAAUUGGAUCAGCGGUCUUUGCGGACGAGGAGUCGCUGGCGGCAUACGAGAAGGUUGUCGCGGAAACGUUUGCCAAUGUUCUGCCUACAAAUGAGUCGCGAUCUAUCGCUAAAGAGUUGGCCCAUGACGUUGUCGAACUUGAGACGAAGGUCGUUUCCAUAUCAUCGGAAGCAGUGGUUUCUGAACUUUUCGAUCUGACGAAUAUCACCGCGUUGGAUAAUGCCACCCAGCUUGCCCCGGCUUUCAACUUCGCCUCGGUGCUUAAGACGAUCAUUCCCGCGGCAGUGAACAGAACAUCCUAUCCCUUCCCAGAAUAUUCUGCCUCGAUCUCCGAAAUAUUGGCGAAUUCCACCAAGCGGGCGAUUCAGGGAUAUUUCCUUUGGCAAGCUAUCGUAAACCUCGAAGAUACUGUUUAUGCUCCGGAGUUACAGGCUCUCAAGCAACUCAUAGAUGUCACUAAGGGAAAUGACCCCAGCCACAGACCCGAACGAUGGAAGUUCUGCAUGAAUGAUGUCAAUGAGAAGAUGUCAUGGCUGCUCAGCAAACCAUUCGUGGAAGCCAAGUACACGGACGCAGUCGAAAAGACCCUCAGGGAGAUGACCACCAGGAUCCAAAACCGUCUCGCCAGAAACAUCGAUAACAUCGAAUGGAUGACGGACAAGGUAAAGGCGAUCGCCAAGCACAAGGUCGAAGCCAUCACCCAGAAGCUCGGAUACCCACAAGCAUUACCUAACCUCGACGACGCCGAUUCCCUGCGGAACUACUACUGCGACCUGCAAGUAACCGACUCCUACUUCGCGAACAGCCUCUCGCACCAAAAAUGGUACGCGCGAAAGACCGCGCUCCUAGUCGGCACCAAGCGGCAAGACAAAGCGUGGCCACAGCCCUCGACGGUCUCCGCGCUCACAAUCAACGCCUUCUACCUCGCGACCGAGAACUCAAUCACCAUCAUCGCCGGAACCCUGCAACAGCUCCUCUUCGACCCGGGGCUGCCCGCGUACCUAAACUACGGCGCGCUCGGCACUGUCAUCGGGCACGAAUACACACACUCCCUCGACAACAACGGCCGGCGCUGGGACGACCGCGGCGCGCUCGCGAACUGGUGGGACGCGGAGUCGGACGCCGGGUUCGAGAACCGCACACAAUGCUUAAUCCAGCAAGUCAGCGGGGACAACAUAACGCUCAGCAGCGGGACCCAGCUCCCGGUGAACGGAACACUGACGCUCGGGGAGAACAUCGCGGAUACGGGCGGGAUCAACACGGCGUACGACGCGUGGCUAGACAAGAGACAGGAAGACCCGGCCGCGGACUUCGAUAUCCCGGGGCUCGCGGAACGGUUCACGCGCGAACAGCUGUUCUACGUUGCGGCGGGUCAGUUUUUCUGCGAUAAGGCGAGCGAUGCGGCGAUGGCGGGACAGUUGACGGCGGAUGUGCAUGCGCCGAAUGCGGUGCGGAUUAAGACUAUGAUGGAGAAUUCGCGCGGGUUUAGGGAGGCUUUUAAGUGUCCUGUUCGGGAGCCUACUUGUGUGAUUUACUGA